CCAUAUGACUAUUAUACUCCUUGUGCUAAAAGAUAAUCCUAUUACACUUUAGACAUUUGAUAAAUCGAAUAAUUAUGAGCAGUGAUACAAACUGGUAGAUGCACAUCAUUAAACUGUAUAUUCUGCAGCCUUACAUUUAGACAUCUUGAAAUGUGUGACUUACAACCCUAAUUCUGAAAACGUUGGGACAGUUAAUGGUAAUAAAAACAAAGAGGAGUGAUUUGUAAAUGUACUUUGACUUAAGAAAAAUGUAUUAAGACAAGGUAUUUGAUGCUUUACCUAAUCAACUGCAUAGUUUUUUGAAGAUUAACAUUUAUUUUGAAAUUGAUGCAAGUAACAUGUUCCAAAACAGUUGGGAUGGGGGCAAUUUAGGACUAAUAGUGAUGUGACAAGUUGAAAUAAGAAGGUGAUAUGAAACAGGUAAGGCAAUCGUCUAAUCUAACCACAGAUGCAAAGUAAGCAAAUUAUGAAGCACAAAAUACCUGAAACCCUUUGGGAUGAAGUGGAACACCUACUGAACCCCACUGAAAAAAGCAGCAUGCAAAACACUGCCUUGAAGUAAAUCCAACAAAUUGUUUGUUUGUUUUUCAGUGUAGAUUCAACAUGAAAGAUCUUUAAGUAAGUUGACCAAAAAACCUUUCAGGUCAAUGGGGGAAAAAAAGUUAGACCAACUCAAAAAAUGCGUAUCUGUUUAGCUAAAAAAUGAGUUGAACUUACUUAAUCUAUUUCAUUUAAGCCAAUUUAAAUCAAUUCAUUCAAAUCAUCAUGAAGUGACUCAUGACCAGCCGCUUAAACCACAGGACCAGACCCCCAAUGAAGUUUUAAUAUUUCCCCAACCAUUCCUCAAACUCACAUGCUCUUCACCUGGCCCUAACCCACCUUGACAAGAAUACUGUUCAGAGUUCUGUUCAGAGACUUCAGUUCAGCAUUCAGCACAAUCAUCCUCCAGCAGCUGAUUGAAAAUCUGGACCUUCUAGCUUUCAUCACCUCCCUCUGUAACUGGACCCUAGCCUUCCCGAGUGAGAGUUAUUCAAGAUAAAACAUAGAACUUUUUUUGAGACAUGUUGCGGCCAUCAAAUUCAAAAUGAGCUUACUGUACAUUUUCCUUAAAAGGGUACAUUUCCUCAGUUUAAACAUUAUGAGAUAUGUUUUCUAUGUUCCAUUGUGAAUAACAUAUGGGUUCAUGAGAAUUGCAACUCAAUGCAUUCUGGUUUUGUCUUUUUACACAGCGUCCCAACUUUUUUUUUGGAAUUGGGGUUGUAGUUUCACAGCUGAACCUGUGAAACAAAGAAGGAUCAAAGGUACUUAUAUACUUAUAUAAUGUAUGAGUCUGGAGCACGUGAGGUCUUACAGGAAAAAGAAAAGUCCUUAGUGUAACCUACUAUGAUCUCAAUUAGACGUCCAUUCACCAGUCCACUGAGUAGAAACGCAUUUUUUCAUACGAGUAACAGCGUUGGGCAAUAGGUAAGGUGGAUAAUUAGGGCGGUAUAAAAAGGAGCAGAGGCACAGGUGCCUCCUAACGCACGACGCACAGAACUCCUCCGACCACAGCAGGACGCUUCAUCAUCUACUUCAGUCAACCCCAGUUCAGUGCAGCUCAGUAUACGUAACUGUGCAUGAUGGAGUACCACAACGGCGUGGAAAUGAACGGUGUGACAGAGUUGCUGUAUCAUAACGGCGACAGCUCCGUGCAGCAGAUGAAAAGGGGUGAAGCGUCUCGCGUAAAGUUGGAGGAGCGGCGAGCGGCGUCCAUGGAGUCAGCCUACUCCAACAUCCUGCGCGCUCUCGGAGAGGACACCGAACGUGAGGGACUGCUCAAAACUCCUCUCCGAGCCGCCAAGGCCAUGCAGUUCCUCACCAAGGGCUACCACCAAACCAUCUACGAUGUUCUUAAUAAUGCCAUUUUCGAAGAAGAUCAUGAUGAGAUAGUUAUAGUGAAAGACAUUGACAUGUUCUCGCUUUGUGAACAUCAUCUAGUACCAUUCUUUGGCAAGGUCCACAUAGGAUAUUUGCCAAGAAAGAAAGUGGUUGGCCUUAGUAAACUUGCAAGGAUUGUAGAAAUCUAUAGCCGCAGACUGCAAGUUCAAGAGCGUCUGACGAAGCAAAUUGCCAUGGCCAUCGCUGAAGCCCUGCAGCCUGCAGGAGUAGCAGUAAUAAUUGAAGCAGCUCACAUGUGCAUGGUCAUGCGUGGCGUGCAGAAGAUUAACAGCCGUACUGUGACCAGUACCAUGCUGGGAGUAUUCAGAGAGGAUCCGAAGACCCGUGAAGAGUUUCUGGCCCUGACCAAGAGCUGAAGGAGCUGUCCCACUGCUCCUUCAUAAAAGUCUCAUCUCAACAUGAAACACCAGCAAAGUGGUUUCACAUCUACCUGAUCCAUAACAUUCACUUCUUUUGGCAUCCACACAACCUAAAUGUGCUUGCUAUUAGGGCAACACUUUGCAAGUUACUGAAUAAUCUAUAUAUUUUUAGCAGAGUAUGAGUGUCAUUUGGAGUAUACUGUAUUUUUUUUUACAACUUCAGGACUCUUCUCUUGUUAAUAUUCAUGUACAUGGUGCUCCAGCCAUCUGCUUGAUAAAAUGAUGUUAUACCCUCAUAAAUCAACCCAGUCAUAAAUUAUAAAAUAAGAAAUUAUUUUUGUUAUUAUUUACUUAAAUUUAUUAACAUAAUCUUGAUUUGCAACAAGUUGCUAUAUACAACUAAUUCUAAUUAUUGCCGCUUGAAAAACAGAUAAAGAUCUAAUUUUGCUUUAGUAGUAUUUUAACAAAGUGAUUUUACUGACAGUAUUUUUUAAUAUCUAAAUGACAAGCAUGUCUAAUUAUUCGACAUCUGCUCCUGUUAUUAUUAUGACAAAUUUCAUGCAAUCAGAGAUAUUUGAGUGGGUCUGAUCAAUCUUUCUUGUAUGAAUAUUUAUUGGAUCUGUAAAUGUACACAGGUCCACAUUCACGUUUUUUUUUUUUUUUACGAGAAUAAGUGUCUGAUCAGUUGACAUGUUUUCUUGUAAAAUAUAAUUGUAAAAAAAAAAACCCAGCUUAUGAACACUUAAUUGCAUUUCCUGAACAGCUGAGGUUUUUUUUUUUUUUUUUGGUAAGCCCACAAUUAAUUGAUCUCGAUCUGGUGCCUCUCCCAGAAACACUGGGAUUAAGACACAUGCGUACACACGCACACACCUCUUGACACCUAGGGAUAAUUUGAGUAGUCUAGAGAACCCAGGGUAACAGGGGAGAACCUGUGAAACAGAGCUGUGAAAUGGCAAUGCUUUGAACAGAAAUAUUUAAAAGAUGUGACCUGUCAAACACAGCUGGACUGACAGAAACACUCCAAUCAUCCAAUUUUAAUUUUCAACCAAAAUUUCCCUUUGGUUGUGCUUGCUUGUUUAAUAGCAGGAUAAUUGAAGGGUAUGAUAAUUUAUGAUUUGCUCAAUGGCAUUAUGACACUGUAAGCUGUUAGUAGUAUUACUAAAACCAAGAUCACAUUUUGAGGCCCAUUAAAUUACAAAUGCAUCAUUGAAUAUCUAACUUUCUAUCAUAAUUUAUUCAAAACGAAAAACCCUGUAAUAUACUCUCAAAACAAUAAAAUGUAUUAUUAUAACAUAA